GAGUCGUGAAGAACUGAAGAUAGAACGCGCAAAUCGUACGUCGUAUAAAUCAGAGAGGGGCUUUUAUGUUGGAGGUGCGUAGCCCCAAGGGAGCAUCCGAUUCCAACUCCUGGUUGUGCUUUGGCAGAAACAAGAAGAAGACGAAGACGAAGCAACCAUCAGAUAUGGCUCGUAGCAUCUCCUGCAUAACAGGGUCUCAGCUCCUCUCUCUCAAACGCCGACCCAACAAUAUCGCCAUCAUCGAUGUCAGGGAUGACGAGAGGAGCUACGAUGGGCACAUAGCGGGGUCUUUGCACUAUGCCAAUGACACUUUCUAUGAUAAGAUCUCCAGUCUCGCUCAGGAAGUCAAAGGGAAAGACACCCUUGUGUUUCACUGCGCUCUCAGCCAGGUUCGAGGCCCGUCCUGUGCACGGAAGUUUGCUAAUUAUCUUGAGGAGAUGAAGGAAGAGACGGGGAUCAAAGACAUUUUGGUUUUGGAGCGUGGCUUCAAUGGCUGGGAAUCUUCUGGUAGACCUGUUUGUCGCUGCAACAGCAUUCCCUGCAAGGGUGAGACUGAGACCAAGAGUGAGAGUGCAUAAUAUGCUUUGCUCAAACUGGCUGGGAAGCAAGCAUGUUCUGCCCACUUGCCGUCGAUGUUGCUAUCUAAUUCUGUAAUGCUAUAUGUAAACGAUUCCUACUGUUGCCUGCUUGAACCCUGUAACUCACCUUUGCACCUAUAUCGAUAUGUACUUGUCCAUGUAUCCAUCAUGGUAUUGAGACGUAUCAAAUUGUAGUUGAAUCCAUUUUAAAAAGUGCGUCGCAGUCUUGCAGAUUUCCGAUUGAAGUUGAAUCCAUGUAAGAAAGUGUUGCCAACCCAAGGUAUUGAGACGUAUCAGAUUGUAGUCGAAUCCAUUUUAAAAAGUGCGUUGCACUCUUGCAGAUUUCCG